AAUUUAAAAUUUCACAUCCCGUUAAAUACAAUUGACUAGGAGAAAGUGAUUCCAAAAACAACCAAAUGUAAACUUAACGAAAUCUAAAUUCCAGGACAUAAUCUUAGGAAAUUACCAAAAUAUGAAAAGAGAAAGUGCGGCUGACUGCUCCCAUCAUCCACCCCACACUACAGCAUCCAGAUCUUGCAGCUAACAGAAGCUUCUCUUUAGUCUCUCUCUCUUUAGAAUUCUUUGUGGAACAAAAACCGGAGAUGAUUUGGGAAAAGAAAAAUAACUUAAGAGAGACCUUAAAAAUAACACCAUGAGAGUAGCAGCUCAUCUUAUGAGCAUCUUUUUCAUACUAUUACUGCUUACAUCUUUCACAGCUCAAGAUUUGGUUGCCAAGGAAAACACAAGGAGAAUUCUGCAUCAGCCCCUCUUUCCAGUUAGUUCAACACCACCACUAUCGCCGCCACCGCCGCCGAUAGAGCCGGUCAUUUCCAGUCCAGACCAGCCUUUCUUUCCAGAAGUCCCUACUGGGACUACACCAGAUCAGACACAGCAACCUCCAGCAAGUCCAAUUAAUGGAACUCCAGUGUCAAAUCCAGUUGCCACACAGCCAGCAAAGCCAGUCAAGAAAGUGGCAAUUGCAAUAUCAGUUGGGAUUGUCACCUUGGGAAUGUUAUCUGCCUUGGCAUUCUAUAUUUACAAACACCGCGCUAGACACCCUGAUGAAACUCAAAAGCUUGUAGGGGGCAAUAAUCAGAGGAUCAAUGAGGAAUCAAGAAUGCCACCUUCUACUUUCCUUUAUAUUGGGACAGUUGAGCCAUCUGCUCAAACAACUGUGACUCAGUCCAAUGGUGCUAAUGGCUCACCUUAUCGAAAAUUGAACUCUGUUAAAAGACCGGAUAGGUAUAGGCCAAGUCCUGACCUUCAACCCCUUCCACCACUUAGCAAACCCCCACCCCCUCCUAGCAUGGAUUCACCCACUGCAAUGUCAUCAUCUGAUGAGGAAAGCCGUGACACUGCAUUUCACACUCCACAAGGCUCCUCUGUUAGCAAUGAAGAAGGUUAUUAUACUCCCAGUUUAAAGCAGAGUUACCAAAGCAACAAGAAUUUUGUCCCUUACUCAAAGAGAACUUCUCCAAGAUCACGCCUAUCUGAUUCAUCCCCUGAUGUAAAACAUGCUAUAAUACCAUCCAUUAAGCAAGCUCCAGCUCCACCACCACCGCUACAACCACAAGGGGGUCAUUUGGAACGACUUCCACCUGAGCCUCCCUCGCAGUAUACUAAGCCAGUACUGCCAUUUCUGCCAAAAAGGGCUAAAUUUUCAUCACCACCUCCUCCACCAGACAUGGCAAAGCUUCAAUUGAUAAGCAACCAAGCCCAACAAAUAUUGAAGGCACCACCACCUCCUCCUCCUCCUCCUCCCCCUCGUCCUCCUCCUCCACCCCCACUUCCAGUCUCAACACCCCGCAAACCGGGAGGAUUACAAGGAAGUGUUCUUUCGACAGCUUCCCCUCAAAUGGUUAGGACAGAAUCGAGGAGUCCCACUCCAAAAACAACACCAGGGAGUGAGAAGACAAGUUCUUCUGAAGAGGAAAACAGAGAUGCCAGUUCUUUAGAAAGACAUGAUUCUGGCGAUACAGAUCCUUCCAAGCCUAAGUUGAAGCCUUUGCACUGGGACAAAGUGCGAGCAACCUCUGAUCGAGCCACAGUUUGGGACCAACUAAAAUCGAGCUCCUUCCAAUUGAAUGAGGACAUGAUGGAGUCACUUUUUGGAUGUAAUUCAGCAAAUCCAGUACCAAAGGAAGCAACAAGGAAAUCAGUCCUUCCUCCUGUUGAGCAGGAGAAUAAGGUACUUGACCCCAAGAAGUCACAGAAUAUUGCCAUAAUGUUACGAGCAUUAAAUGUUACCAAGAAUGAGGUUUCCGAAGCCCUUCUAAAUGGAAAUCCUGAAGGAUUGGGGCCUGAACUUCUGGAGACUUUGGUCAAGAUGGCUCCAACAAGAGAAGAAGAGAUAAAACUGAGAGAGUACAGCGGAGACACCUCCAAAUUAGGGCCUGCAGAACAAUUCCUCAAGGGAGUGCUUGAUAUACCAUUUGCCUUCAAAAGAGUAGAAGCCAUGCUUUACAGAGCAAAUUUUGUUGGUGAAGUAAAAGAUUUGAGAAAGUCCUUCCAAACUCUUGAGGUAGCCAGUGAAGAACUGAAGAAUAGUAGACUAUUCCUCAAACUCCUCGAAGCUGUUCUAAGGACAGGAAACCGCAUGAAUGCUGGAACUAAUCGCGGUGAUGCCAGAGCUUUCAAACUUGACACUCUUUUGAAAUUAGUAGAUAUAAAAGGAGCAGACGGGAAGACAAGCUUGUUGCACUUUGUGGUGCAGGAGAUUAUCAGGUCGGAAGGGCUGGGUUCUGAACCCCCAGGCGAUAAUCUUUCUGAUAAUGCAAACAUCAAAUUCAAUGAGGAAGAUUUCAGGAAGCAAGGUUUGCAGGUUGUUGCUGGAUUAAGCAGAGAACUUGGUAAUGUCAAAAAAGCAGCAGCAAUGGACUCAGAUGUCCUGGGCAGCUAUGUCUUGAAGCUUGAAGUGGGACUUGAUAAAGCAAGAUCAGUUUUGCAGUAUGGAAAGGAAGGUACGCAAGGUAACUUUUUUGAAUCGAUGAAAGUGUUUCUUAAGGAGGCAGAAGAUGGAAUAGUGAGGAUCAGAGCAGAAGAAAGAAAGGCCUUAUCCAUGGUCAAACAGGUAACAGAAUAUUUUCAUGGUGAUGCUGCAAAAGAGGAAGCUCAUCCCCUGAGAAUAUUCGUGAUCGUGCGAGACUUCCUCUCCAUAUUGGAUAAUGUGUGCAAAGAUGUUAGGAGGAUGCAGGAUCAAACAGUGGUUGGUGGUGCAAGAUCAUUCAGAAUAGCUUCAACUGCAUCACUACCAGUCUUGAACAGAUAUAAUGUGAGACAAGAACGGAAUUGGGAUGAUGAUAGCUUAUCUCCAUGAAAUUUAUGUGAAAAUAAUUCAACCAUCUCAUUAAUGGACAAGCACAGAUGGAGGAUGAUGGUGGAAAAGAAACACCAGAUUGAAGCAGUCUCACAUCUCAGGGAGACACUAACAUUUUGGUGCUAGCAGGCAAAUAUAGCAUUCAGCUCCAUAAACAAGAAGCAAUAAGUGAAGGAACAGUACAGAGAUUAGGCAGCCUAUACGUCAAUCCUUCACAAAGAUACAGAAGAUUAGACAGCAAGAAUUCUAGGAUUCAUAAUCAACCUUCAAUCCAAACGAAUCGAUGCGGGGUAAAGGGAUUAUUCCUCUUUUUACUUUUGAGACGGGUAAACGAAUCAACCUAGGCAUAGUCCUAUUCAUUUGUAAACAUAGUCAAGAGACAUAAAAGUUCAAUGCCAGGCGACAUGAUGGUCUGCUCUCGAUUUUGAUAGUAAAAUGCUGCAAUACAAAGAAAUUAUGUCUCCUUUAUAGAAUAAACAUUCUUUACACUUUUGUCUAA